AUCGACCUCUGCGAAAACGACCACCACGACUACUAUUGACAAGUUGACAGCGAAAGGAAAGACCAGUUCGGGAUGACAACAAACCAGGGAAACAAGCCAUCGAUCACAGUCGAACACCAUCUACCAAUCCACGAAGAACAAACUGAACCAAGCAAACGACCCAAACUGGAUACCCAACCUCAAGGACCAUCUACAAACAACGUACCAUCAUCAUCGUCAUCGUCAUCAUCAUCAUCACCAUCAGAGACUCAGGCUAACAACCGAACAAUGGAAAAUGGGAAGAACCAGGAGUGUAACAGUAGAGAAGUCUCGGACGGAGAAGACUCGCCAUCCGAAGCCUUGGAACUCACGUUUUCAUGGAGAGAUUCAACCUUCAACGUCGCCCUCGAUGGAAUGGUGACGAUCAAGGACCUCAAGGUGGUCAUAUAUUCAGUCACCGCUGUCCCCCCUGAACGACAGAAGAUCCUCGGCCUCGUACUAGGACAGAUCCCCGCCGAUGACGUCCUCCUGUCUACCCUCCAAUUCAAAAUCAAAAAAGGCGUACAUUUCAAGCUACUCGGGACUCCUGAGGACGAAGGUCUCUCUACCGCUCCACCCCAAACUUCCUCAUCAUCAACACUCGAUCAAUCAGACUCUCAUUCGAUUCGCAAGGCUCGUCAGUCCCAGGACUGUGUGCUAUAUAUGACUCGAGUCCGAGAGAAAUUGGACGAACUUUCUAGUCACUUGGAAUUGAAUAUUAUGAACCCACCACGACCGGGGAAGAAGUUGCUGGUACUUGAUUUAGAUUAUACCUUGAUGGACUCCAAAGCUUAUAGCGAUUAUUCAGUACACGCCUUGGAUAUGGCAAGGCCUUACCUCCACGAGUUUCUGACCGCUCUAUGGCCUUAUUAUGAUAUCUGCAUUUGGUCAGCCACUAGUUGGAGAUGGUUGGAGAGUAAACUGGUCGAGUUAGGCAUGGUUGGGGGAAAUUACAGUGAUAAAUAUCAAAUCCAAUUCGUUUUGGAUCGAGGGACGAUGUUCGAAGUGACUUCAAUGAGGCAUGGAAAGAUAUCUAGGCACGAGGUUAAAGCUCUCGAACUCAUUUGGAGGAAGAUCCCGGCUUACAACGAAACAAAUACGGUCCAUUUGGACGAUCUCAGUCGGAACUUUGCUUUGAAUCCUCGAUCAGGAGUUAAACUCUCGGCAUUCAAGAAUGCUCGGGUCAACAAGCACGAUCGACAACUAGUAUUCCUAGCCAGGUACUUCUUGCAGAUCGCUUCACUAUCCGAUGUGAGGACGGUGGACCACAAGAAAUGGGCGGAUUGUCGGUUACCCUUGCCUGUUGGCUCGUCUGACCCGUUAGAGAUCUUGGACCCCGCCGACCCUGAACUCGUCAAAUUCAAAUCUUCUCAUCAUCUUCCCCCUCCCCCUCCUUCUUGAUUUUUUUUCGUGUAACUCGUACCUACUCCUUUUUUCCUCUCUUUUCCUCUUUUUCUUUGUUGGUAAAAAAAAACUUUGGCUAUUGGCUCUUGCCAACCCUCUCAUGCCCUUUUUUCAUGUCUUUCUUUUUCAUGUAACACAUAUAUGUAUGUGUAUGCGGGAUUUAUACAUAUACAUAUAUGUAUUUAAAUAUCGAUCUAUUUAUUUAUUUAUAUAUUUGUUUGUUUGUUUGUUUACUUCUGAUUACUGUUUGAUCAAGAAAAACAAAAAGAAUAUGACAAAAAAAGCAGAAAAAUUGAAAAAAUUGCAAUUCA